UCUGUAUAACCAGUGCUUUUUUGUUACAAACUUGUAAAAAACUAAAAUAUUUAUUAUAUAUAUAAUAAAAAUGUCACUUACGGGAAAUGCUUCAGAAAAUGCGGAUAAGACGAAAAAUUAUUUAAUAACUGGUACAAAAGAAAAUUGUAAUAAUACCAUGACAGCAAAUGCAUUUGUUAGUGGAUACAGAGAUACCCCAGACCCCACGAAAUUGGGUGCCCCCCAUUACUCUGUUGCUGGAGGGAGUCUAACUGUUGAAUCACGUGGUCAUUCAGCAAGUGUAGUAGCUCAACAUAUACCCAACUUUGGUGAUAGAGUCACUGGUUCAGCAAAUUUAAACCUAAUUAAUUCCGAGAAACACAAAUUGGAUGCCCAUGGUUUUAGCACCCAAACUAUACCAAAGGCUCAUCCGAAUUUCGCAACUCAUGGCGCAGGGGUCGAUUAUACCUAUAUGAACAAACACGGUGCAAGUGCGUCUGUGACCCAUACCCCGAUGUUCAACAAGACAGAUCACAACCUGGGCGCACACUUUAACCUCCAUAAAACACCUAAUUCUUCCCUAGACCUCAAUGUUGGGGCAUCAAAGAGCAAAUCUCCCUUUUCAAAUGGUAAUUGGGACAAACAGGGCUCUUUUAUAUUCAGAAAAGAGUUUUGAUAUUAUAAAUGUAUUUAGCACGUACAAGUAUAAUUUGUGCUUAUAUUUUUUUUUGUAUACAAAGACAUUAUAAACAACCACUAAUUAUAUUAUAUUUAACGCA